CACAGCACGGGGCCAGCAGUUCUAAGUGGGCAGGGACGAUGGGGUGGUGAGCAAGUGGAGCAGCUGUGCCACAUCUGGCUGGUAUGUGCCCUCUGGUGCUGCAGAGAGAGGCGGUCCCUCUCUGUACCACCGCUCCCUCCCAGCCGUCACCAUAACAGGAGGAGCCGCCCUCACUUUGGCUGGCAGCCGUUGCCCCCCCCGGCGCUCCCCACCUUCCAGCAGCUCUGCUACUUGACAGAUCAAAUCACAGCCCGGGUUGCAGAGCCACCAUCAUGUCAGACAACAAAGGGGAGGCAGCUGUAGCUCAGCCCACUGUCACCACAGAUUCUGCAGAUGUCAUCAAUGUGGUGGUGAAGACCCUGAAGCAGAAGGAGCAAUUUGAGGUUGCUCAGAGCAGCACCAUCCAGCAGCUCAAGGAAUACGUCGCCACGCGUUUCCAAACUCCUCCAGAUCUGCUGGUGCUGAUAUUUGCUGGGAAGGUCCUGAAAGACCACGACACCCUGAGCCAGCACCGGGUUUACAACGGGGCCAACAUCCACCUCAUCAUCAGGUCCCCAAAGACACUGCAGGACAGCAAGGCAGACCAAGGAGCUGCAGCCGCCCUCGUGCAGCCUCCCAGCCACAGCAGUUCCAACUUGUUCCUGCAGAGCGCAGAUGAUCUGCAGAGCCUGAUCUUGAUCCCUCAGAACGUGCCGGGGCUGUUGAAUUCCAGCCAGGAAAUUGUGGCCCAGACCACAGAAGAUCUCUUGUUGAAGAUGAUCAACUCGGAGCUGGACCUGAACGCCAUCAACAACAACAUGUUCUUGCUGGGCUUCCUCCUGGGGGUGACGGGCACCAACAUCCUGGGGUUGGACUCGUCAGAUGUGUCGGAGGUGGUGAGCAGCGUCCAAGGCCCCAUUAUGUCCAUGGACAGCUUGCUGAGCCAGGUGGCACAAAGCGCCUUCAGGCAGAGCAUCCUUUCCAAUCCCGACCUGCUCAGUGAUAUCGUCGCAUCCAGCCCCCAGAUGCAGCAGCUGGCUGAGCAGAACCCUGAGAUCAGCCGCAUGCUCAGCAGCUCUCACGCAGUCCAGGACCUCCUGGAGGCCUACAGCAGCCCGGCUGUGAUGCAGGAGGUGAUACGGAACCACGACCUGGCCAUGAACAACCUUGAAAGCAUCCCUGGGGGGUACAGCAUUCUGGAGCAGCUGUACAGAGAAAUUGAGGAGCCCAUCCUGGACGCGGUGCAGACACAGAUGGAGGACACUGUGUUUGCUGGCCUGGACAGUAACCCAGCUCCAGGAGAAGCCAGGCUGCCCGCCUGCAUUGAGAACCGCCGGCCGCUGCCCAACCCCUGGGAUCCACAGCCCAACAGGGGCAGCAAUAAUGCCUUUGAAUGGGAAGAGCACGUGGCCAGCAGAGGUGAUAGUCUUCUUGAGAUGAACCUGGAUCCUGAAGAAAAUGUGGAGCCCAGCCUGGGAGGGGUGCAGGGCAUGGUGCAGCAGCUGGCAGAGAACUCAGUGCUCAUGCAUGACCUGAAAAGUGCAAUAACAGAUCCCAGCAGCCCGGUGCAAAUGCUGCUUAAUGGUGAUCAAAAUUUGAGUGAUUCCCCACCUGAAAACCCAAACACAGAGCAACUGCCAUUGGAGAUGGAGAACGCAGAGAUCUCAUCGCUGCUGAGGAACCCCCGGGCGCUGCAGGCGCUGCUGCAGGUCCAGCUGGGGCUCAGCACCCUCCAUGCUGAGGUGCCCGACUUCAUCCUCAGCCUGAGCGAGGAUUCCUUGGAGCUGGAGGGCAUGGAGUGCUCAUCUCAAGGCAGUGAGGUGGAGGAUGUGAGCCUGGCAUCAGAACAGAGUGAGGAAGAAGAGCCGGCAGAGACAGAUGAGUAGCAGCCGUAGGCAUCUCUGUGCUGUGGGCUUCCAGGACCAAAGGCCAGAUUACAUUCUGUGUCUGAUAGGGGGGAGCAAUCAGCACAGCAGCUGAGGUGCUGGGAAAGAACCUCCACCCAAUGAGAUACAGCAGCUGGUUUAUCCCAGCAAUGAAGCGUGGUUGUUGAUCGUGUUUCAGUCUCAUCACACAUUAAAGGCAGCAAGGCACAUACUA